AGCAUGGCCGCGUGGAGCUGUGUUGGGUGACUGAUCCUCUCUCUCUCUCUCUCUCUCUCUCUCUCUCUCUCUGUAGACUGUUGCCUCUUGUUGCGCAAACAUGUCAGCUGUGUUGCAGAGAGACGAAGAAGAGCACAUUGAACGAGAAGAAGUAAAUGAAGAAGAAGAAGAGCAGCAAGAGGUGAGUCUGCGAGGAAGAAGAAAGUCAAAAUCAAGGAAUGAGCAGAAGGAGAAUUCAGUUUCUUCUCCAAUCGGUAAUGGCGAUACAACUGAUAGCAGCAGAGCGGAAUCUGAAUCUCCCAAAGGGAGAGAACAAGAAGAGUAUAACGAGCUUCAUCAACACUACAAUGGCGAUCAAGUCCAUGUCGAUGCACUAACAUUACAGCAAGAUGGAGACCUUACCAGCUCGAAUCGCAGCGUUUACUUCGAUCAAGCACAAGGAUUAUGGAAAUGUCGCCACUGCAGUUGGACUUGGACCAACCUAUUUGGAAAUCCUGGGACUUUUCAUAAUCACAACUCAAGGGAAUGCUUCCCGGACAUGGUGAUCAGCAUUAAAUCUUUAGGUCCAAAAGGAUCCUGCUUUGUUUUUGAAUCUAAAGGGACUGAAUUGACUGAUGGAGAUUCUUGUAUUGAGAAUGGUAACCAGGAAAGCUUUAUUGAUGAGAACCUGAUAUUGGAAGUAAAGAAGGUUGACAUUCAAAACAGUACGACCUACGAACCUAACCAUCAAUUUACUCAAAAUUCAGUGAAGGGAAGCUUUUCUGGCUUCAAUCCAUCAACCUUAGAAGAUUCAUCUGAAGGACAGAAUGCUGGUUUACAAUUUGAGAGUAAAUCUAGUGAAGAUUCCGAUGAAAUAGAAGAAGUUGACCAGGAAGGGACGGAUUUAGAUGUCGAGAGGGUGCUAAAGGAGCAAGAUACACAUGAAUUGUAUUGUCCUAAUUGUCAUUCCUGUAUCACUAGAAGGGUUAUUCUAUUGAGAAGAAAGCGAAAAGUUCGCAAGUUGAAGAAUAAACCUAAGCAUGAGAAAGUGGAGACUGUAGAUCCCUCUAAUCUUAUCCCUAAAAAUGUGGUUGAUUCUAGCAACUUAGUUAACAAUUCUUCAACGGGCAGUCAAACACCUGAGAUGAUGUUCAUGAGUUGGAAACGGAGCGAGAUGUAUUCAGAUGCUUAGCAUGCUUCAGCUUCUUCAUUCCUACAGGAAAUGGCUUUAAGCUGUUCCAAUCUUCUAGACAUGACAGUGAGAAUGAGGACAUGCUAAAUUCUGAAAAUACAGGAGCUGCAGCCAAGAAAAAUUGGUUUCUCUCUUGUUUUGGGUCAGGUGAGAAAGGAACAAUAACUGACCAAAGUAUUUUACAAUUCUCUGAAAAUCAACACAAUUUCACAACAGCUAUUUUCAUGAGGAUUCUUCAUCUGUACAGUGAAUAUGACUUUUAAUUGCGAGACUAUUUCAGGCUUCUGCUUGGUUAUCUCGUAGUUUGGAUAGAGGAUAAGCUACAUUGAGUUAGUAUUGAGCAGUUUUGAUGACUUAUUCUUUUCUUUGUUUUGCUGGGAGUUGAAUAAUGUAAUCUAUAUUUCAGAAUCAAGAUUUUGAAAGGCAAAAGGUCUUCCACCGAUCCUAAUUAACAGAAUCCAUAUUUUAGGAAGAAAACUGUUUUGUCUUCUACAUUGUGUUGGGUUUUCUUGUUAAUUCAAAUAUUUGGAGAAGUUUAUUUAUUUAAAUUCUCAAUGAACUUUCAUGUACCAUGAGUUGAUUCCCAAAAGAUGAUUUAUUUAAAAAGAAGAAUUUUCUUACCUUGCUUUUAGUUUUCAAUUAUGUGAAAAAAUUCCAUGUCAGCAUUAGAGGCCCAUGCAACAGAACUUUUUAAAAAGCACAUUGUUUGCAUUGGCUAGAGCAGAUGGAUUAUGCUUUUUGAGUUGAAAUCAUGAAUUUUUCAGUAAAUAAGUACAUUUUUUGUUACA